UAAUGGGAUGAAAGCUAAUAAAAAAAUCUAGCACCCGAUUAAAAAGUGGUUGUUAGCGUGUUGUUAGCUUGUGCACAUGACACACGCCGUAAAAUCCGAUAUUCAUUGUACUGUUACAUUCUCCGUCCAACGAUGCAGACAUUAAUCAUAAACAGAAAAAAUCUCUUACGGGCAAUUUGUCCAGCAUUCUGCUAUACAUGGACAGUCUAUCCAACUCAACCCAAUUGUUACCACUUCUGUACCCAAACAUUUAAUAACUCUGACGAAAAUGUUAAAGAUUAUAAAGAUAAAGAAACGAUCACGUUGUGUAGAAGAAUUGAGAUGCUCCCACGAGGAGAAUCAAUCGGUUCGGCCUUUCAGAGUUGGAUGGGUGAAGGCCUACCAGUCCAAAGAGCCGAUAUUUUUCAUACCAUCAAUCGUUUACGCAAGCGUAGAUUCAACAAACGUGCCCUUGAGGUAAUGGAAUGGGUGAUCAGGGAAAGACCAUAUAGGCCAAAGCAACUAGACUACUCGUAUUUACUGGAAUUUACCACUAAGCUUCAUGGGGUUUCUCAUGGUGAAAGACUCUUUUCUUGUGUUCCAUUAGAAUUUCAAUGUGAGUUGCUGUAUAACAGUCUAGUGAUGGCGUGCUUGGAUAAGGGCAAGAUUACCCUUUCACUUGCUUACAUGAGAAAAAUGAGGGAACUUGGUUAUUCGAUCUCGCACUUAUGUUUCAAUAGGCUGAUUAUUCUUCAUUCCUGUCCUGGACGUAAAAAAGCCAUUCCAAAAAUUUUGAAGCAGAUGCGAGCUGAUAAAGUGACUGCUCAUGUAUCCACAUUUAACAUUCUGAUGAAGAUCGAAGCAAAUCAGCAUAACAUUGAUAGGUUGGUAAAUGUGUAUGAAGAUAUGAAGCGAGCAAAAGUUGAACCCAAUGAAAUAUCUUUCUGCAUAUUGGGAACUGCAUAUGCUGAAGCAAGAUUGUAUACUGUAUGUGCAGCUUAUGUUGAAGCUAUAGAGAAGUGCAUGACAGGAAAUAACUGGUCAACAACAGACAUUCUUAUUAUGCUGUAUGGGUACUUGGGAAAGCGGAAGGACGUUGAAAGAAAAUGGCGGUCUUUACAAGAACUUCCUCAUUUAAUGUCCAAGAGCUUUGAAUUGGCGAUUGAAGCAUUUGGUAGGAUUGGAGAGGUAAAGCGGUCUGAAGAAAUUUGGCAUGAUAUGAAAACAAAGCAGGGAUUGAAGUCAACUGAGCAGUUCAAUUCAAUGAUAUCUGUUUACUGUAAACAUGGUUUUGUUAGUGAAGCAACAGAAGUGUGCAAAGAGAUGGAACAGAUUGGAUGCAACCCAAAUGCUGUAACUUACCGACACCUUGCUUUAGGUUUACUAAAAGCGGGGUCAGCAAAGGAAGCUCUGCGAACUUUAGAGCUGGGGAUGCAACACUCGGCAAUAAUGAAGAUCAGGCAAUCAACUCCAUGGCUAGAAACCACGCAUUCAAUGGUUGAAAUAUUUGCAGAGAAGGGUGAUGUGGAGAAUGCAGAGAAGUUGUUUGAAGAAUUAAAGAAAGCAAAUUAUACCAAAUAUACUUUUGUGUACAACACCCUAAUCAAGGCGUAUGUUAAGGCCAAAAUAUUUGAUCCAAAACUUUUGAAGAGGAUGAUCUUAGGAGGGGCUAGGCCAGAUUCAGAGACCUACAGUCUGUUGAAGCUUACUGAACAGUUUCGAACCUGAUGUGGUUAUCAUUGGUUUAAAUAUAUAGGGGCCUUUCUCAUUCUCAAUAAUCUAGAAUGGAAUGAGGAUGCUAGUUUGGUGCCCAAAUCCCAAUGCUGCAAGUGCAUUACCAAUUUGGUGAGUGAAGGAGAAUUAUCAU